UGAUACCGGAAGUUCGGGCGUGCGCGGAGCCGGGUGCGCUUUGCGACAGAGCCGUAAAGGCGCGCGGGGAUAUGGGGCUGUACGCUGCCGCGGCAGGCGUGCUGGCAGGCGUGGAGAAGCGCCAGGGUUCCAUCAAGGGGCUGGUGUACUCCAGCAACUUCCAGAACGUGAAGCAGCUGUACGCGCUGGUGUGCGAAACGCAGCGCUACUCCGCCGUGCUGGAUGCCGUGAUCGCCAGCGCCGGCCUCCUCCGUGCGGAGAAGAAGCUGCGGCCGCACCUGGCCAAGGUGCUAGUGUAUGAAUUGUUGUUGGGAAAGGGCUUUCGAGGUGGUGGGGGCCGAUGGAAGGCUCUAUUGGGCCGGCACCAGGCGAGGCUCAGGGCUGAGUUGGCUCGGCUUAAGGUUCAUCGGGGUGUGAGCCGGAAUGAGGACCUGUUGGAAGUGGGAUCCAGGCCUGGAGGAGUCUCCCAGCUGCCUCGAUUUGUGCGUGUGAAUACUCUCAAGACCUGCUCCGAUGAUGUAGUUGAUUAUUUCAAGAGACAAGGUUUCUCCUAUCAGGGUCGGGCUUCCAGCCUCGACGACUUACGAGCCCUCAAGGGGAAGCAUUUUCUCCUGGACCCCUUGAUGCCGGAGCUGCUGGUAUUUCCCGCCCAGACAGAUCUGCAUGAACACCCACUAUACCGGGCCGGACACCUCAUUCUGCAGGACAGGGCAAGCUGUCUCCCAGCCAUGCUGCUGAACCCUCCGCCAGGCUCCCAUGUCAUUGAUGCCUGUGCCGCCCCAGGCAAUAAGACCAGUCACUUGGCUGCUCUUCUGAAGAACCAAGGGAAGAUCUUUGCUUUUGACCUGGAUGCCAAGCGGCUGGCAUCAAUGGCCACGCUGCUGGCCCGGGCUGGCAUCUCCUGCUGUGAGCUGGCUGAGGAGGACUUCCUGGCGGUCUCUCCCUCAGACCCACGCUACCGUGAGGUCCACUACAUCCUGCUGGAUCCUUCCUGUAGUGGCUCGGGUAUGCCGAGCAGACAGCUGGAGGAGCCCGGGGCAGGCACACCAAGCCCGGCGCGUCUGCAUGCCCUGGCAGGGUUCCAGCAGCGAGCCCUGUGCCACGCGCUCACUUUCCCUUCCCUGAAGCGGCUCGUCUACUCCACGUGCUCCCUCUGCCAGGAGGAGAAUGAAGAUGUGGUGCGAGAUGCGCUGCAGCAGAACCCCGGUGCCUUCAGGCUAGCUCCUGCCCUGCCUGCCUGGCCCCACCGAGGCCUGAGCACGUUCCCGGGUGCCGAGCACUGCCUCCGGGCCUCCCCUGAGACCACGCUCAGCGGUGGCUUCUUCGUUGCCAUAAUUGAACGGGUCGAGGUGCCGAGCCUCACAGGCCAAAGCAUCAGCACCAGAAUGCACACCCAGCCCAGCCCCAAAGAGAAAGAAGAGACAGCCAAAAGCCGGAGCCGGUGCGUGCACACCGCCUUGCACAUAGCAGAGGCUUCGGGCUGACUCCUUCCUGGUAGGAAAGGAAGACGCCUGUCCUCUCCGUGGAGGACCCUGGGCCCUCACUGCACGCAGCAAUUUGGGUUCUGAAAGGUUAUUGGGUCCUUUCCUUGGGCUGUGUUCUUGCUGGUGAGAAAAGUGCCUGCAGAAAUAAAAUAAAAUGCAGAACGUACUCUAUGGUAGAUCACAGUUUUUUAUUCUUAAUGACAUAAGCAGGAGAAAAAUCUCACAUUCAUACUAAAAAUUCCAACUAGACUCAACAGGAAUGAAGUCUCUAUUUGUAAUGGAAAGUCCCAGCUCCCGCUCCUGUCCAGUGCGCGUACUGUACACACCCACACUCACACUCACUCGGUUCCCGGACCGGCUGUCCUGCCUGCGGAACUGAGGUAAACUAGCUCAGGUACUGACACUAGGAGGGUCUACCUUACAUAAGGUACAGGUAGAAGCUUGAUUUCUAGGCCCAGGCCCGGGCCCACCCCGACCCUCCAAUCCUAACAGGUAUUUAGGCUUGAGGUUCACUCCCUCCUCAGCUGCACACACAGCCGGGUAUGAACACGGAUCAGAGCUGUUCUGAGGGGUGGGAAGGAGCAGCCCCACCACCGAACACUCACCCUCAGUCACAACGGGGAGGGGGCACCGGUUACAUCUACAUCACAUUAUUUAUAAAAUAAGAAUUACAUUUUAUAUAACGUGGCCAGAAGGAGCUCUAGUCCCCCAGGAAAGCUGCCUGGGACAGCAUUUGAGCCUCUUCUUUGCACAGGCAUAACUUAACUAUACAGCUAAUUCCUAGUCAAUAGCAUUUAUACUUAACCACCUCAAUGAACCAAGCUUGAAGGAAUUUAAAAGGCAAUUUAGCUUAAAUACAAAAAUAAAUUUUU